UGUAACCUAUAACAAGGCACAGAACUGGGCUAUUGCUGAUUCAUGGUCAUUAGGUUUUUAUUGUAUUUUUGGAGUAUUUAUAACACCAUCUUAAUUAUCCAGAGAACUUACAUCCAUCUGUGAUUUGCCAAGAAAGUAUUUAUUUGUGAGUUGUAAUACUGACUUUGAUAGCAGGUUAGGAUCAUCUUCAUCAAUACCAAUCAAAGUUCCACCAAAUUCUUCAACCUUACUUCAAAGCAACAAUUGCUGGAAGGAAAGAAAACAUGAGCAAGGCUUUGUGGUUCUCUAUUGCCAUUCUUCUCUGCUCUGCCUUGGAAGCUGAAGCUCUUACCUGCAAGAGGUGCAGUAAAUUUCCGAAGGGAUCUGCUUGUAAGGAGCCAUCAAAAACCUGUAUUGCGAAACCAGAUCAAAAGUGUAUAAUUGUUUAUUUUAGUGGAACGUUCGAAGACUUCAUGGUACAAACCUGCACUAAAUCUAAUCAUCAAUGUCAUCUGAAUUGGGAGCUAACACUACUUGGUGUUAGGGAUAUAAAAUGUUGUGAUGAUCAUGACCUCUGCAACACACCAUAAACAAAG